AUGCAUCACAUGCAAAGUGCCCCUCACUCAUCACAUUCUCCACAUCUCUUUAACCAAGGGGCCCAUGCACAUGCACAUGCACAUGCACAUGUACUUGGAGUCGGCAUGGACAUGGAUGCUGAGGCCGACUACAUACGCACUCGAAACCCUAUUGCUUCCAUACAUGUUAAGCGCCAACAUGGCACAAUGUCGUCACCCGACCCCGAAACCAUGCACGCGCAUCCCCCAGACAAGUUGCAGCCCGCAAACUCUACGUGCCCCCAACGAAAUGAAGAAUAUCAUCGAGUUGAGCAAGCAAAGUUUUGGUACUAG